GUUUAAUCCAAACAUCGACGACGGAACGUCCGCGGCCAAUCGAACCAUCACCGAACCUCCCUCGCAUCGGCGUUUAGUGACAGCAUGGCUGCCCAGAAAAUAAACGAAGCCCACGAACACAUAGCCAAAGCCGAGAAAUGCUUAAAGACAAGCCUGACAAAGUGGAAGCCGGAUUUUGACAGCGCCGCCUCAGAAUACGCUAAAGCAGCCGUGUGCUUCAAGAACGCCAAGCAGUACGAGCAAGCUAAGGAUGCUUACCUGAAGGAGGCCGAAUAUCACACAGAGAACAAGACGCUUUUCCACGCUGCCAAGGCUAUAGAACAAGCGGGCAUGAUGAUGAAAGAGCAGAAGAAGAUGCCCGAGGCCAUCCAGUACAUCGAGAAGGCGUGCAUGAUGUACAUGGAGAACGGGACCCCCGACACCGCCGCCAUGGCGCUGGACCGCGCUGGAAAGUUGAUCGAGCCUCUCAACAUUGAGAAAGCAGUGGACUUGUAUCAGAAGGCAGCUGGUGUGUUUGAGAACGAGGACCGCCUGCGCCAAGCUGUGGAGUUACUGGGUAAAGCUUCCAGGCUGCUGGUGCGGUUAAAAAGGUUGGAUGACGCUGCCGUGGCUCUGCAGAAAGAGAAGAACAUGUACAAGGAGAUUGAAAACUUUCCAAUGUGCUUCAAGAAAACGACAGCUCAGGUGCUGAUCCACCUUCACCGAGGAGACUACGUCGCGGCUGACAAGUGCGUCAGAGAGAGUUACAGCCUGCCGGGCUACAGCGGCAGCGAAGACUGCGUCGCCAUGGAGACGCUGCUGCAGGGCUUCGACGAGCAGGACGAGGAUCAGGUUUACCGCGUGUGCAACUCCCCUCUGCUCAAGUACAUGGAUAAUGACUACGCCAAGCUUGCCAUCUCGCUGCGGGUGCCGGGCGGAGGAGGCAAGAAGAAGAAGGCCGCCGCGGCUCCAUCAGGAGGUGCCGGCGGGGACAAGGCCAACGUUGCUGCUGACGACGAGGAUGAGUAUGAGGGCGGACUUUGUUAGCCUUAGCCCAUCUUCCUUCUUUCCCUUUUAAAACCUUCACCCCUCUGCUGUGAUGGCCGCAAUCGGCCCACGUUGUGCAAAAAAACAAAACAAAUCUAAUAACACAAAUAAGACUUCCAGUAGAUGUUGCUGAUUUAUUUUAAGGUGGAAGUAUGGAACUUGUAUCAUUUCUGCUCAUGGUGACGUGCAUGUGUACAUGUUUUGUGCGUCUUAACAAAAAGAAAUAUGAAAAAUGUGUGUAUACCGUAGCUCUUUAAUUUAUUCAGGGUCCCUAUUCUCGGAACAAUAAUUCACCCAAUGCAUGAUUCUCCAAGCUCAACAUAAUGCAAAUAAAUAAAAACAGUUCAAAGGUCAGCUUGUAGACAAUUACGUCCUCUUUGUCUACCUCCAGCUGUGUGCGCGUUACCCAUUUCAAUGCAUUUGACCCUAAAAUGCUGAGUCAGCUUACUGUUCUUAAAGGAAAUAAUUAAGGGAUGAUUUAUUUCUGUAUUUUUUUUAAUAUAUAUAUAUAUAUAUAUAUUGUGCUCUUGCCCAUGUUUACAUUCCUGAAGCAAAUACUGUAUCUGAUGUAUAUACAUGCGCAUACAUCAAUAAACAAUCCAUCUGGUUGGCUUU